CCUAUCUCUUUGGAUUUCAUUUCCACACAUCAGCACUCAAAACACACUGUAAUAACCCCAUACUUCUCUACACUUUUGUAAAAUCUCCGAUCAAAUCACCACCGCAUUUCAACUAAGAUUCCGGCAAAAACAUGGCGGCCACAGCUGCCACAGCAGUAGCUUCUUCAUUCUCCACUACUCUUCAUUCUAUACGUUCUAAAACAUGGCCUAAUUAUAACUCUGAUCAUCUCCUCAAAAUUUCAUCCACUAGAACACCAAAUAUUACGUUAGUAUUUUCAUCAUCAUGUGAAGUGACUUCAGUUUUUAAGAAGUGGAGGGUGGUGCCGAGGUUGGCGGCUGCGGUGGCGCAAGAGGAGGCAGCGGCGGUGACGGUGGAGGAGGAAGAGGCCGAGGCGGUGGCGGUUGAAGAGGAAGUGGUGGUGGAGGAAAAAGGAGGAGAGGGUUCUGAAGAGAGUAGUAGUGAAGGUGAAGGUGUGAAUACUAAGCUUUAUUUUGGGAAUUUGCCGUAUCUUUGUGAUAGUGCACAACUUGCUGGAAUUGUUCAAGACUAUGCUACUCCUGAGCUUGUUGAGGUUCUUUAUGAUAGGGAAACAGGUAAAAGCAGAGGAUUUGCAUUUGUGACAAUGAGUUCUCUUGAAGAUUGCAGAACAGUAAUCGAAAAUCUAGACGGAAGAGAGUAUGGUGGGAGAACCUUAAGGGUGAAUUUCUCAGACAAGCCUAAACCAAAAGAACCCCUUUACCCAGAAACUGAACACAAACUCUUUGUUGGUAAUUUGGCCUGGUCAGUCACAUCUGAAAGUUUGGCACAAGCAUUUCAAGAAUAUGGAACUGUGGUUGGAGCUAGGGUACUAUACGAUGGUGAGACAGGGAGAUCUCGUGGCUAUGGUUUUGUGAGCUAUGAGAAUAGAGAACAAUUGGAGAAUGCCCUUCAAAAUCUUAAUGGAGUGGAACUGGAUGGAAGGGCAAUGCGCAUUAGCUUAGCACAAGGGAAGAAACAAUAAGAUGGACAAGAUUCAUGUAUAUUAGUUGUAAAAGUUGAAAAUUUGCCAUCAAUAGAAGAAUAAUGUUUUAUUGAUGGAUUAAGAUGGCUAAAGGCUUUAACUAGGACUAAGGGAGAUGUACCAUUUGAAUUACAUCUUCCAUAGGUUGAGCUUUCUUUCUUUGUUUCUUUACUGCCUUGCAUAAUUUAGAGAUAUCAUUGUUCCUUUCAUAUUUUAGAGGAGCUAUUAAUGUGACUCAAACUAA